UGAAAGUACAACUGCAGAGCCAACUGACUCCACAACUGCAGCGGGAACGACCCUUGAAGAUCACACAACAACGUUAGAAAUGUCAACAAUUCCAGCUGAAACAACGACCAUUGUUACACAAGAACCAUCAGCUAGCCCAGAGACUGUGACAAGCCCAUCUCCCACAAUAACUUCUGGUCACACAACAGUGCCCUCUGACGUUACAAGUGAGUCUGUAACUAGCACUGCUGGUACCUCAACAUCAAGUGAGGCAUCAACAACAACUUCUGAAGCAAACACAUCUGCUGAAGAAUCGACAGCGACCUCAGCUGGUUUAACAAGUGCAACUGUGGAAGCUACGUUUUCAACAUCGGGAGUGACCAUGACACCCGAAUCAACCAAAGACACAAUGGAAACAACUACAGCUAUGUCCUCAAGUGUAACAGAAUCUUCAACCAGUACCUUGCCGGAAACAAGUCCCUCACAACCUUCUACGAUUACCAGUGAGCCUGCCACUACAAAUGAACUAACUUCAGCAGUGACGGACGGGCAAAUAUCUUCCACUACCGUUGGACUCUCAUCUACUCAGGGAUCUGAAAGUACAACUGCAGAGCCAACUGACUCCACAACUGCAGCGGGAACGACCCUUGAAGAUCACACAACAACGUUAGAAAUGUCAACAAUUCCAGCUGAAACAACGACCAUUGUUACACAAGAACCAUCAACUAGCCCAGAGACUGUGACAAGCCCAUCUCCCACAAUAACUUCUGGUCACACAACAGUGCCCUCUGACGUUACAAGUGAGUCUGUAACUAGCACUGCUGGUACCUCAACAUCAAGUGAGGCAUCAACAACAACUUCUGAAGCAAACACAUCUGCUGAAGAAUCGACAGCGACCUCAGCUGGUUUAACAAGUGCAACUGUGGAAGCUACGUUUUCAACAUCGGGAGUGACCAUGACACCCGAAUCAACCAAAGACACAAUUGAAACAACUACAGCUAUGUCCUCAAGUGUAACAGAAUCUUCAACCAGUACCUUGCCGGAAACAAGUCCCUCACAACCUUCUACGAUUACCAGUGAGCCUGCCACUACAAAUGAACUAACUUCAGCAGUGACGGACGGGCAAAUAUCUUCCACUACCGUUGGACUCUCAUCUACCCAGGGAUCUGAAAGUACAACUGCAGAGCCAACUGACUCCACAACUGCAGCGGGAACGACCCUUGAAGAUCACACAACAACGUUAGAAAUGUCAACAAUUCCAGCUGAAACAACGACCAUUGUUACACAAGAACCAUCAGCUAGCCCAGAGACUGUGACAAGCCCAUCUCCCACAAUCACUUCUGGUCACACAACUGUGCCCUCUGACGUUACAAGUGAGUCUCUAACUAGCACUGCUGGUACCUCAACAUCAAGUGAGGCAUCAACAACAAUCUGAAGCAAACACAUCUGCUGAAGAAUCGACAGCGACCUCAGCUGGUUUAACAAGUGCAACUUUGGAAGCUACAAUUUCAACAUCGGGAGUGACCAUGACACCCGAAUCAACCAAAGACACAAUGGAAACAACUACAGCUAUGUCCUCAAGUGUAACAGAAUCUUCAACCAGUACCUUGCCGGAAACAAGUCCCUCACAACCUUCUACGAUUACCAGUGAGCCUGCCACUACAAAUGAACUAACUUCAGCAGUGACGGACGGGCAAAUAUCUUCCACUACCGUUGGACUCUCAUCUACCCAGGGAUCUGAAAGUACAACUGCAGAGCCAACUGACUCCACAACUGCAGCGGGAACGACCCUUGAAGAUCACACAACAACGUUAGAAAUUACAACAAUUCCAGCUGAAACAACUACCAUUGUUACACAAGAAUCAUCAGCUAGCCCAGAGACUGUGACAAGCCCAUCUCCCACAAUCACUUCCGGUCACACAACAGUGCCCUCUGACGUUACAAGUGAGUCUGUAACUAGCUCUGCUGGUACCUCAACAUCAAGUGAGGCAUCAACAACAACUUCUGAAGCAAACACAUCUGCUGAAGAAUCGACAGCGACCUCAGCUGGUUUAACAAGUGCAACUGUGGAAGCUACGUUUUCAACAUCGGGAGUGACCAUGACACCAGAAUCAACCAAAGACACAAUGGAAACAACUACAGCUAUGUCCUCAAGUGUAACAGAAUCUUCAACCAGUACCUUGCCGGAAACAAGUCCCUCACAACCUUCUACGAUUACCAGUGAGCCUGCCACUACAAAUGAACUAACUUCAGCAGUGACGGACGGGCAAAUAUCUUCCACUACCGUUGGACUCUCAUCUACCCAGGGAUCUGAAAGUACAACUGCAGAGCCAACUGACUCCACAACUGCAGCGGGAACGACCCUUGAAGAUCACACAACAACGUUAGAAAUGUCAACAAUUCCAGCUGAAACAACGACCAUUGUUACACAAGAACCAUCAGCUAGCCCAGAGACUGUGACAAGCCCAUCUCCCACAAUCACUUCUGGUCACACAACAGUGCCCUCUGACGUUACAAGUGAGUCUGUAACUAGCACUGCUGGUACCUCAACAUCAAGUGAGGCAUCAACAACAACUUCUGAAGCAAACACAUCUGCUGAAGAAUCGACAGCGACCUCAGCUGGUUUAACAAGUGCAACUGUGGAAGCUACGUUUUCAACAUCGGGAGUGACCAUGACACCAGAAUCAACCAAAGACACAAUGGAAACAACUACAGCUAUGUCCUCAAGUGUAACAGAAUCUUCAACCAGUACCUUGCCGGAAACAAGUCCCUCACAACCUUCUACGAUUACCAGUGAGCCUGCCACUACAAAUGAACUAACUUCAGCAGUCACGGACGGGCAAAUAUCUUCCACUACCGUUGGACUCUCAUCUACCCAGGGAACUGAAAGUACAACUACAGAGCCAACUGACUCCACAACUGCAGCGGGAACGACCCUUGAAGAUCACACAACAACGUUAGAAAUGUCAACAAUUCCAGCUGAAACAACUACCAUUGUUACACAAGAACCAUCAGCUAGCUCAGAGACUGUGACAAGCCCAUCUCCCACAAUCACUUCUGGUCACACAACAGUGCCCUCUGACGUUACAAGUGAGUCUCUAACUAGCACUGCUGGUACCUCAACAUCAAGUGAGGCAUCAACAACAACUUCUGAAGCAAACACAUCUGCUGAAGAAUCGACAGCGACCUCAGCUGGUUUAACAAGUGCAACUGUGGAAGCUACGUUUUCAACAUCGGGAGUGACCAUGACACCAGAAUCAACCAAAGACACAAUGGAAACAACUACAGCUAUGUCCUCAAGUGUAACAGAAACUUCAACCAGUACCUCGCCGGAAACAAGUCCCUCACAACCUUCUACGAUUACCAGUGAGCCUGCCACUACAAAUGAACUAACUUCAGCAGUCACGGACGGGCAAAUAUCUUCCACUACCGUUGGACUCUCAUCUACCCAGGGAUCUGAAAGUACAACUGCAGAGCCAACUGACUCCACAACUGCAGCGGGAACGACCCUUGAAGAUCACACAACAACGUUAGAAAUGUCAACAAUUCCAGCUGAAACAAUUACCAUUAUUACAGAAGGUCCAUCAGCUAGCCCAACGAUAGAAGCAAUAACCACAACACAGUCUCCAACUCCCACAUCUACCGCACCCUUUCUAACUACUCAAACUACAUUACCUUUCACAACCACACCCAACACACCUUCAACUACAUCAACUACCCCACCUACCACACCUUCUACAACCACCCUAAUUACAUCAACUACCGCACCUACCACACCUCCAACUACAUUAACUGCAUCAACUACACCUACCACACCUUCUCCAACAACCCUAACUACAUCAACUACACAUUCUACUACACCUAUCCCACCUGCCCCUUCUACUACACCUAUCCCAACUACCCCUUCUACUACCCCUUCUACUACACCUAACCUAACUACAACAUCUACCCCAACUACCCCUUAUACUACACCAAUCCCAACUACCCCUUCUAAUACACCUACCCAUUCUACUACACCUACCCCAACUAUCCCUUCUACUACACCUACUUCAACUACCCCAACUAACCCUUCUACUGCAUCCAGUCCAACUUCUACAACUGCAUCUGCUUCAUUGACGUCAACUUCACUCUCAACAACUGAACCUCCGAUAAUUGUGACUGUGGACACUAUUGAAGUAUCAACAGAUGUCACUGUUAGACUCAACAAAACAUUUAAAGAAGAAUACAGUCACCCGUCAACACAGGAAUACCAAGAUUUUACAAAAAAUUUCACCAACGAUAUGACCUUACUGUACAACCGCACUAUUAACAAUUUUAUCGGCAUAGAAAUAAUAGGACUCAGGAAUGGCAGUGUCGUGGUGGAGCAUGU